UCCGUGGCUAUUUGAAGCCUCCUCUGUGGAAGAUGAUUGCUGAACUUAGUUACAUAUAUAGACAUAUAUGUGCUAAGCAUAUCUCAAAGAAAUUGAUGAUUCAAUUUGAGAAACAAAUCGCGGUGCUUGUAUGCAAGAUGGAAAAAGUAUUUCCGCCUGGAUUUAUGAAUGUGAUGCAACAUUUGCUAGUGCACUUACCUUAUGAAGCAUUGGUAGGAGGACCAGUGCAGUUCCGAUGGAUGUAUAGUCAAGAAAGAGAAUUGAAAAAACUUAGAGCUACUGUGCGGAACAAAGCAAGGGUUGAGGGGUGUAUCGCAGAGGCCUUUGCAGCUAAAGAGAUCACAAUCUUCUCAAGUCAGUAUUUAUCACACACUAACAACGUGAAUGCUCAGUCAACACGGUAUCAUACUGAAGAAGAAGGUCCUUCGACCGACCUUAGUGUUUUUCUAUGGAAGGGGAAAGGGGUCGGGGCUUCUACUGCACAUUAUGUUGACAUAAGAGAGCGUAAUUUCACCAUGCUCUACUUGUACACCAACAUGGAGGAACUUGAUCCAUACUUUGAAAUGUUUGAUUCCAUAUAUUUAGUUGGCCACAAACCUACACCAAAGGAACUGGAUAAUCUACGUAUGAAAGGGAUGAAUGGAGGUCCAUGUUUCGUUGAAUGGUUCCACGAGCAUUGUAAGAAACUGGACUCUCUAGUCUCGGAUGAUUUGCGAUAGAUAUCACAUGGUCAGUUGAAAGCAAGAAAAUAUAGCCGCUAUGAUAUUAAUGGAUACCGUUUUCGAACAUCAAAAUUAGAAAAAAUCCGCCCGCAGGCAGCCACGACAAACAGUGGAGUAGUAGCAACUGCCACAAAUGCAGACGGAGGCACUCAUGACUAUUAUGGUGUUCUUCAAGACAUAACGGAGUACACUCUUGGUGGGGCCAAAGAGUUCAUGUUUGUGUUAUUUGAUUGUGAAUGGUUUGAUCCUCAACAAACACG